AUGUCGAGUGGUUUUGUAAAGGCAGGAAAAACACUUGAAAAUGAUAACAGUGAUAAAGAAGUAGUUGAUAGCCGACCACUUUUUGAGAGACUACGAGAGGCAAAAGAGAAAGCUCAAGAAGAAAAAGAUAAAACAGAUAAAUUAGUAAAUUCUUUAUCAGUCGUAACAGAGGAAGAUGAUGAAUUUUAUGAUGAAUUAAAUAGAAAAACUUAUUUAUUAAAGAAACAAAAAAAAGAUGCUGAGAAAGAUAUAAUAAAUAAAAUAAAAAUUAAGGAAGCUAAGGAGCAAGUUGGUGGCAUAAAUAUUGAUAUUCCUGAUGACAUCGAUGAAGAAGAUGAGAUUUCGGAAGGUAAGAAAGUUCUUACUUCUAUGAAAAUGUCAUCACAAGCUCAACUACUAGGAAAUAUACUGAAGCGUAAAUCAAAAGACGAUUCACCUAUUGAAAGAAAGAAAGUUGAUUCAAAAAUUGUUGAUUAUGAAUCGUCAGUAUUAUUUGCUAUAUUUUUAAACAAAUAUCUUAUUAUAAACUGCCAUUCUAAAAAUUUUUUCGGGUUCUUUGCUCCAAAUUGUUUUGGUAUAUCAAUUAAAAUUAAUUGUGUGAAAGAAGUAGGAUUAAACGAACGUGAUAAAAGUGCUAUUUAUUACUUAAGAAAUUUUAACAAUUUUAUAAAAAGUUGCUUAAUACAAGAAUUUAUUACAAAAUUAAAAAAUGAUGGUAAUUAUAAUGGACAAAUAUUAGAUUUAUGUUGUGGUAAAGGUGGUGAUCUUUUGAAAUGGAAAAAAGGAUUUGCUAAAAAAGUUGUUAUGACGGAUAUUGCUGAAAUAUCAUUAGAGCAUUGUGGAAAUAGAUAUUCUGAAUUGGUUGCUAAACAAAAUCCUAAUUUUCCAUUAUUUGAUGUUGAAAUAAUUCAUGCUGAUUCCACUGUUACUCGAUUAGAUGAAUAUAUAAAAGAGGGAAAACCAUUUGACAUAUGCAGUUGUCAAUUUUCCUUACAUUAUGCCUUUGAAAGUGAACGAAAAGCUAGGCAAAUGUUACAAAAUGCAACAGAAAAUAUUAAAGAAGGUGGAUAUUUUAUUGGAACAAUUCCAAAUGCAAAUCUUUUGAUCAGUUUGUUAAAGAAAAAUAAAUCUAUUUAUUUUAAAAAUAAAGUUUGUAAUUUGUCAUAUUUAGGAGUAGAAGGAAAAAAUCAAACAGAAGAAGAAAGAUUAGCAGCAAUUAUGGAUAGUAACAUUCCUUUAUUUGGGGCUAAAAUUGAUUGGCAACUAGACAAUCUUGUAAAUUGUCCAGAAUAUUUAGUUCAUAUUCCAUUACUUGUGAAGAUGCUUGAAGAAUUCAACAUGGAACUAGUAUAUUGCAAACGUUUUGAUGAAGCUAUGUAUCAUUUUAUGGAAACUAUUCCAGAUGCAGAAAGGUUGUUAGAAAUUAUAAAAGCACUAGAAAAAUAUCCAUGUAGAUCUUAUGAGACACAAUUGCAUGAAACAUUUGAAUAUGAAGCUGCUGAGAAAGCUUAUAAAAAACAAGGAUCUCGUAGUUUCUUUGGUACUAUGUCUAAAUGUGAAUGGGAAGUGAUGUCAUUGUACAUGACAUUCGCUUUUCGAAAAAAGUCAACCUAA